CUCACUAGUGACGUAGAUCUCAUGUGACCAGGAGUCGACGUGUGCAGAAGUCCUGCUAGUCUGGUCCUUGUUCCCGUCUGGAUACCAGCCUCCUUCAGCAGUGGAGGCGGUCGUACCUCAGGCCAGUGGAAGGAGUCAAACUUGCGGCAAUUUUGCAGGUCUGUGUUUUUACCAAGACCCAAAGGUAGAAAAGGAGGAGGAAGAAACUGACCCGGUCAGUGCCAGAAGUCAUUGUAUUCAAAGAGGAAUAAGAAAAAAAAAGGAAGAAAAGAAGAAGGAAGGAAGGAAGAGAGGUAGAUAGAUAGAAGAUGAAAUCCUGUCAAAAAAUUGAAGGAAAACCAGAAAAUGAGAGUGAACCAAAGCAGGAGGAAGAGCCAAAACCUGAGGAAAAGCCAGAGGAGGUGGAGGAGCUGGAGGAGGAGGCCAAAGCAAAAGGAGCUUUUAGAGAGAAGCUGAUUCAAUCACUCCAAGAAUUUAAAGAAGAUAUACACAACAGGCAUUUAAGCAAUGAAGAUAUGUGUAGAGAAGUGGAUGAAAUGGAUGAGAUAAGGAGAGUCAGAAACAAACUUGUAGUGAUGCGUUGGAAGGUUAAUCGAAACCAUCCUUACCCUUAUUUAAUGUAGUUUACCUUAAUUUGUAUCUGAUAUUAACAAUACCAUAUAGCUUGCUUUUUAUUAGCAUUUUCCUCAUAUACCUUUGUCCAUAUUUCUACUUCUAACCUGUUGCUGUUAAUGAUUUUAGAUGUAUCUCUGUAUCUCAUGUAUCUAUCUGCAUCUCAUUGGUUAUUGUAUUUUGAACCAAUCUACAAGUCUCUGUCUUUUGGUAAGAGAACUUUACUCAUUUGUAAAAAAGAGGUUCUUAGCAGGAUAUAAAAUGGAAAAAGGCUACUAAGUAAUGUGUGAAUAUCUUAUUUUUGAAAGGUAAAAAGUACAUUUGUAUAUUACAUAUAUGGACAUAACUUGUGAAGGAUGAAAGAAAGUACAACCUCUCAGUGGUGGAAUUAUGAAUGAUUUUUCUUCUUUUGCUUAUUUGUAUUUUCUAUAUUCCUAAAAUUAACACGCAUUAUUAUUGCUAGAAUAAUAAAAGUUUAUAACAAAAAGAAGCAA